AUGGAGAAGAAUGAAAAGGGUUUUCAAAGGAGCAAAAGUGAGCCAACUUUGUAUAUCAAGAGGCAAGGUACAACCGGUAUUCUCAUUGUUUCACUUUAUGUUGAUGAUUUGGUUUUUACCGGUAGUGAUGAAAACUUGAUUGGAGAUUUUAAAAGGGAGAUGAUGAAGAAAUAUGAAAUGAGUGAUUUGGGGCUAUUGCAUAAUUUUUUAGGCAUUGAAAUCCACCAAAACAAUGGUGGUGUUUUUAUUUGCCAAAAGAAGUAUGCUCAAACACUUUUUGAGAAAUUUAAAAUGAAGAAUUGCAAAGCAGUUGCUACUCCCUUGAUUGUGAAUGAAAAGUUGUCAAAGGAAGAUGGAAGCAAAGAAGCUGAAGCAUCUUGUUAUAGAAGUUUGUCAUUGUCUUUGCUUCUUGACCCUACUCUUCCCAAACUUCAUGAGCCAUACAUGUUCUUUGUUCAUUGCUGUGUUCUUGAUUUUCUUGGAUUAGUUAAUUAG